UAAUGUGCUUCGCAUCUAGUGUUUUUUUUACUUGACGUACAAUUUUUUUCAUUUAAGGGUCAAGAAGUACAAAAUUCGAUACACAUACACGAGUGUUAGACCCUUUGCUUAUACAAAUUAACGUGGCUAGUUACUUAGCCAUGCAAAAAAAUAAAAAUAAAUUGCGAAGCUACCAAAGUUUUGAAAUUAAACUUUGCUUCAUCAACCAAAAUUUUGUUCUUGUUUCUUUCUUCUCCAUACACUAUUUCUCAGUGAUUCAGAUUGGUCAAGUGUGCAUGUACAAAUCAACAGUCUUGAUUAAUCCCUGUGUCUGUGAAGGUUCACGGAUGUGGCAUGUUUGGAGCUUAAGAGGCCACGAGUAUCAUUGGUCACAUAAACCCAUGACAGCAUAAUUAAUUCGGUCCAUCCAAUCAGUCAGUUGGGUAAAAAAUUGGAAUAGAGUUCCCUUUCUCAAUGGGAAUUUGGGGGAUUAGUGCAAGGAGUAGGAAUUGGCUUGGCCUCUGCAACAUCAGUUGGCGAAUGAGUAGACAGUCGUUCAAGCACAUUGGUCGAAGAACAUUUUCAGACUCUUACACUGUCCAAAGUGACGAUUCUGUCUUGCCAGUGUUGAUUAUUGGUGCUGGUCCAGUUGGGAUGACUCUCUCCAUACUUCUAACGAAACUAGGUGUAAAAUGUGCGAUCUUAGAGAAGAACAAGGCCUUUUCCACACAUCCUCAAGCACACUUCAUCAACAACCGGUCUAUGGAGGUAUUUCGCAAAUUGGAUGGUCUUGGAGAUGAGAUUCUAAGGUCUCAACCACCAGUAGAGUUUUGGAGAAAGUUUAUAUACUGUACUUCACUGACGGGGCCUAUUUUAGGUGCUGUUGAUCAUAUGCAACCUCAAGAUUUUGAUCAGAUUGCGAGUCCUGUCUCUGUUGCACACUUCUCCCAGUACAAGCUCUCCAGAUUGCUGCUUAAGCACCUUGAGAAACUUGGUUUCCAUAUGGUAAACUCUGAAAAGCGUGAGCAUGGCUCUAUUGGUGAGAGGGAGAUCCUUAUGGGGCAUGAGUGCAUUGCAGUCAAUGGUGCUGAGCGUGGUGUCACUGUAACAGCCUCUUUCCUUUCUAAAGGGAAGUAUAUGACGAGAGAUAUUCAGUGCCAUUUCCUUGUUGGUACAGAUGGUGCAGGAAGUAGUGUCAGAAAGUCCUUAGGAAUCAACAUGAGAGGUGAAAAGGACUUGCAAAAGCUUGUUAGUGUCCACUUCCUGAGCCAAGAAUUAGGGCAGUAUCUCAUUAAAGAAAGACCCGGCAUGCUGUUUUUCAUCUUUAAUAGAGAGGCUAUUGGUGUUCUUGUUGCCCAUGAUCUCAAGCAAGGGGAAUUUGUCCUGCAGGUACCAUUUUAUCCACCUCAACAGAAGCUUGAGGACUUUAGUUCUGAGAUGUGUAAGAGAUUGAUCUUCAAAUUGGCUGGCCUAGAGCUUGCAGACGUCAACGUGAUGGAUAUUAAGCCUUGGGUGAUGCAUGCGGAAGUAGCUGAGAAGUUUCUAUCUUGUAACAACAGGAUAAUACUUGCUGGUGAUGCAGCUCAUCGAUUUCCUCCUGCUGGUGGUUUCGGGAUGAAUACUGGUAUUCAAGAUGCUCAUAAUCUUGCUUGGAAAUUAGCUUCUGUAAUUGAGGGUGUCUCACCAAUAUCAAUUCUUAACUCUUAUGAACUAGAACGCAGUCAGAUAGCUCAAUUUAAUACAGCACUUAGCGUCCAAAACUUUAAAGCAGCAAUGAAAGUUCCUGCUGCACUUGGUCUUGAUCCAACUGUAGCAAAUGCAGUACAUCGAGCUCUUAAUGACACUGUUGGUUCCAUUCUGCCAUCUGUACUUCAAAGGACAAUAUUAGAUGGAAUAUUCAGCAUAGGUCGUGCACAACUCUCAGAUUUUGUAUUGAAUGAAAAUAAUCCACUUGGAUCUGCAAGGCUAGCCAAAUUAAGACAGAUAUUUGAAGAAGGACAGAGCCUUCAGCUCCAGUUCCCUGCUGAGGAUCUUGGUUUCAGGUAUCGGAAAGGAGCAUUGGUGUCUGAAGAUGACAGUGUGUUGAAUGUGCAUGAAGCACCAACAGGACGAAGAAGGGAUUAUAUUCCUUGUUUGGAACCUGGAUCAAGGCUCCCUCAUAUGAAUGUUAAACUGCUUUCUAACCCGUCAAGCAAGGAAAUAUUCUCUACUCUAGACCUCGUAUCUAUAGAUAAGGUUGAGUUUGUCCUUAUAAUAGCGCCAUUCAAGGAGUCCUACUGUCUGGCUCGAGCUGCGCUAGAGGUGGCCAACAAAUUAAAACUCCCUUUAAAGGUUUGUGUAAUGUGGCCAAACGGAAGUAUUGACGGAGCUGGAAGAACUGAGGCUGCAUUGACACCCUGGAAAUCUUUUGAAGAAGUUGUGGAAGUGAAGAGGUCAUCAGAUUCGCCAUCCUGGUGGGACAUCUGUCAAAUGACAGACAGAGGAGCCAUAUUAGUGAGACCUGAUGAACACGUUGCUUGGCGUACAAAAUCCAGAAUUGCAGAUCCCAUCAUGACGAUGAAAAGCGUUUUCCAUAUUGUUACAGGAGUUGAUUGCAUCUGAUAGCACCUUUGAUGAAAUUCUUACCCCCAUUUAUGUAUGGUAGGCUUGACAUUCCUUCUCUGAUAUACAUUAGCUAGAUUACAAGGUUGGAGUACUUUGCUUUCGGAUGGGUAGAGUUACCCAAUACCUAUACUUACAGGUACUCAAUGAAAUAAUUGAGGUGUAGCAAGUUUUCGGACACCAGAAGUACCUUCAUUUUAAUAACAAAAACCAGUUGUGCUGGUAAUUUUCUUUCAA